UUAUGGCAACACUGCUCACUUGACAUUUUCUCUUAAUUUGUUGUUGGUAGCUAAUCUGGCAUGUCUUUUAGGUGAAACGUAAACUUAUUGAAAUAAAGUUGUUCUAAUAUAUUUGAUAUUACAGCCUAAUUUGAUAUAAUAUGUUUAAAAAAUUUGAGGAAAAGGAAAGUGUUUCGUCGCUGCAGCAACUGAAGUCUUCAGUGCAGAAAGGAAUUCGAGCGAAGCUAUUAGAGACAUAUCCCUUAUUGGAAACACAUAUUGAUUUGAUAUUACCAAAAAAGGAUUCCUAUCGCAUCGCGAAAUGUCAUGAUCAUAUAGAACUUUUAGUUACGGGAAGCGGAGAAAUUGUUUUUUUCCGGCAUCGUGAGAGUCUAUGGAUGCCUACCUUACGAUUACUUCAUAAAUUCCCAUAUUUUGUAACCAUGCAGCAAGUAGAUAAGGGCGCCAUACGCUUCGUACUAAGUGGAGCUAACAUCAUGUGUCCCGGUCUUACAUCACCGGGUGCACAAAUGACUUCUGCUGAUAAAGGAACAAUAGUUGCUAUAAUGGCUGAGGGUAAGGAACAUGCAUUAGCUAUUGGUGUUACCACAUUAUCUACCGAUGAUAUCUCGAAAAUCAACAAAGGUGUUGGAGUAGAAAAUUGCCAUUACCUCAAUGACGGUCUCUGGAAGAUGAAGGUUGUUAAGUAAAAAUUCUAGACUGAAAUGACUAACGAUGGCGAGCAAUAUUAAAAUGUUGAUUUCUUAAUUAAAUAAAUUGCUUUAGUUUAUUGGA